AACCCUAACCCCUGAAAACCGUCUCCUUUUCUCCCUUUGUGCUGUCUCCAACCUCGUCCGUACAUCGACAGAUUCUGGGGCGGAGGAAAAGAAGAGGAAGAAGAAGAAGACUGCUCGAGUUGCAGAUAGAUCCAUGUUGAAAGUGAAAACCCCCAAGAAUGCACGUGCUGCACGUGAGCUUGAGAAGCGCGCUCCUAAGCUGGUUGAGAAUGGUAAAAAGACGCUGAUACUUCAAGGCACAAAAACUAGCAAUGUAUUGAAUUCCGUAUUGACGGAGAUUUUUCAUUUGAAGAAGGGCAGUGCUAUUAAAUAUAGUAGGAAGAAUGACAACAUACGGCCGUUUGAGAACGGCGGGGAGACUUCUCUGGAGUUCUUUUCUCUCAAGACCGAUUGCAGUCUUUUUGUGUUUGGUUCUCAUUCGAAGAAACGGCCAAACAAUCUAAUUAUGGGACGGACUUACGAUCACCACAUUUACGAUCUUGUUGAGGUUGGUGUGGAGAACUUCAAAGCCAUGGAGUCAUUUUCAUACGAUAAGAAAUUAGCUCCACGAGUUGGGUCAAAACCCUUCAUUGCUUUCAUUGGAGAUGGUUUUGAGAAUGUAGUGGAGCUGAAACAUUUGAAGGAAGUUCUGCUCGAUCUGUUCCGGGGAGAGGUUGUAGAAACUCUCAAUCUUGCUGGGGUUGACCGGGCUUAUGUAUUUACAGCCGUGUCUCCGAACACAGUAUUUUUCACACACUGUGCCCUGCGGCUUAAAAGGUCAGGCACAGUUGUCCCUAGGAUGGAACUUGUAGAAGUGGGACCCUCCAUGGACUUUGUAGUCCGGCGGCAUCGUCUUCCCAAUGAAGGCGUCAAGAAGCAAGCUAUGAAAACUGCGUCAGAUCAGCCUAAGAAGAAGAUGAAAAAUGUUAGCCGCGAUGUGCUACAAGGGAAAAUUGGGAAGAUAUACAUUCCUGAUCAACAGGUUGGAGACAUGGCGCUAUCUAACGAUGCGAAGGGUCUAAAGAGGGAACGGCGGGAAGCUAAGACGAACAAGGAGGCAAAAGCGCACAAAUCAAAGAAGCAAAAGGCAGAUCCCAAAUAAUCUUCUAUUUUCAUCUUCUAAAGGUACCAUUCUGCCACGAAUCUGUACCUUGUCCCUUUCCCCCUCUGUUAUAGGUAGGGGUGUACACAGUCUUUGUUCUUUCAUUUUGGAGAUGGCUGGAAAGAGCAAAAUCUCAUGUUAAUGGGAUUGCAUGUAUUUCUCAUGAACAUCGGUAAAGUUGUGUCGAGUCUAUUUGAUGGUGGGGAUUUUGCCAAGUUCCUUUUGUAUUGUGCCAGUUCUUUAAAAUUGGGCGCGAUCUUGAUCUUUUGUCAA